GCCAUUGCGUGCGGCCUCCUCCUGUUCCCGCUCUGGCCACCUGUCACUGUCCAUCUGUCUGUCUCCCCCGUCACGGCCAGCCUCCCCCGACUCCAGCCAGUCCACGGGUCCUGCUCGGCGGCUCGGGGGCCCCCACCUGAAGUGUCCUGCUGUGUCUGGGGGUGUCUCCAUGGCGGCCAGGGCCUUGGAGGAGCUGGACACAGGCCUGGGAAGCCUGCAAGCAGCAGUGGUAUCCCGGAGGGCAGAUGCCGGCAGCUGGCCCCUGGACUUGGCAGCUGAGGGCAGCCUCGCAGGAGGUGAGGAUGUGGGGCCCAAGAAGCCGCCGAUGGAGCCUGCGUCGCAAACGGACCCAGGGCUUGGGAAGGAGAAGCUGAGAGCAGCGCCCCGGAGCCCCGCGCGCAGGAAGACGCAGCCCGCCCCGCCCGCGCAGCCCCCGCCGCUGCCGCCGCCUCCGCCGCCGCCCAGGGAAGAGCCGCUCUGGGGUGCUCUAUCGCUCAACAAGUGUUUGGUGGUCGCCUCGCUCGUGGCGCUCCUGGGCUCGGGGUUCCAGCUGUGCCGCGACGCUGUGAUAAGGGUGGCCAACGCCCCAGCGCCCGGGGUCCCCCCGAGCUCGGCCCCCAAGGAGCCAGAAGUGCCGGCAGCUGCGCCCGUGCUGCAGGAGACGAGAUCCUCCCUCCCGCCACCGCCGGCACCCGCGGCCGGGACAGAGGAGCGGGAGGACGCUGCGGGGAGCGAGGAGGCUGCGGAGAAGGAAGAGGAGGACAUCGCGGAGCCCGCGGGGGAGGAGGACCCCGCGCCCCUUUUAGCUCCGGAGCCCAAGAAGGAGAAGCGCAGGAAGGAGCAGGCGCCCCGGAGGGAGAGGCCGCGGCAGGAGAGGCCGCGGCGAGACUCCGGGCUGCGGAAAGAGAAGCCCCGGGCCGCCAGGGAGCCUCGGAGGGCGCGAGAGCCGGAACCCUGGCCGCGGGCACGCGCCUCGGGGGACCCGGAGCCCAGGAAGCGGCCGGCCUGGGCCUCGCGGCACCAUUCGGACGAAGAGGAGGACCGGCGUUUGGGCCGGAAGCACCGUGUGGGCAAAGGGCGGGACUGAGCCUGGACUGGAGGGA